GUCGUGCUCCCAGUCUAAUCUAAUUCCCAAACUCUUUCUUCCCCAAUCGACUCCCCAAUCUCACCGGACUUAAGUCUCCGGCAAACGCACCGUCGCGAUGUCGUCGAUUUACGUACUAGAACCACCGACGAGAGGCAAGGUGGUGCUUCAAACGACCCAUGGGCCGCUCGACAUCGAGCUCUGGCCCAAAGAGGCUCCCAAGGCCGCCCGGAACUUCGUCCAGCUCUGCCUCGAAGGCUACUACGACAACACCAUCUUCCACCGCAUCAUCAAAGGCUUCCUCGUCCAGGGCGGCGACCCCACCGGCACCGGCGAAGGCGGUGAAAGUAUCUACGGCGGACCUUUCUCCGACGAGUUUCAUUCCCGGCUGAGAUUCAAGCAUAGAGGAUUAGUUGCUUGCGCAAAUGCGAAUAAGCCUAAUACGAAUGGGAGCCAGUUCUUCAUGAACUUGGACCGCUCUGAUUGGCUUGACAAGAAGCAUACGAUUUUCGGAAAGGUGACUGGGGAUUCAAUAUACAAUCUGGUGAGGUUGGGCGAGAUUGAAACCAACAAGGAUGACCGGCCUUUGGACCCACCGCCCAGGAUAUUAUCAGUAGAGGUACUGUGGAAUCCGUUUGAUGAUAUUGUCCCUAGAGUGUCUUCACGUUCUUUGGUCCAAGCAGCAGAUGAUACUGACAACAAGGAGACGAAGAAGAAAGCUGUGAAAAAGCUGAACUUGCUGUCAUUUGGAGAAGAAGCUGAAGAGGAGGAGAGAGAAUUGGCAGCUGUAAAGACAAAAAUAAAGAGCAGUCAUGAUGUAUUGGAUGAUCCUCGUCUUCUAAAGGAAGAAGUUCCACUAACCGAAGUGGAUCCUAAGACAAGGCAGGUCCAGUUAUCUGUUAGAGAGGCUCUACAAUCAAAGAAGGAAGACCCCUCGAAAAACUCAGAAUCAAAAUUUUAUAAUUCUCUUAAUUACAGCGAUAAUGAUGACGAUGAUAAUGAGGUCAACUUUGAUGCACGAAUGCGUAAUCAAAUACUAAGGAAACGGAAGGAAUUGGGAGAUCACCCACCAAAGCCAAAGUUGCCAAACGGGAGCUCUAGCCCAAAGCAGCGCGAAGUAGCUGCAACAAGCUCAAAGGCUGAAAACUUUGACGAUGACCAACCAAAGGUAGAGAAGCUGUCAUUGAAGAAAAAAGGGAUAGGUUCUGAGGCCAAAGCUGAGCGCAUAGCCAAUGCUGAUGCAGACUUACAGCUUUUAAGUGAAGCUGAAAGAGGGAGACAAUUGCAGAAACAGAAGAAGCGUAGAAACCAGGGACGAGAAGAAGAAACAAUAGCAAGACUCGAGAAGUUUAAGAAGACCCUGUAUGUGAAGCCUACGGCCCCAGAUAAUGAAUCUGGAGGCGACGAUGGCGAAGAUUUAUCUGAUUGGCAAAAAUCUCGGUUAAAAUUUGCUCUUGAGACUGGAAAGAUGACUCGCACUGAGGACGUAAAUGAUUAUGUUGUGCAUGACCCUCUUUUGGAGAAGGGAAAAGAGAAGUUCAACCGGAUGCAAGCAAAGCAAAAACGAAGAGAUCGAGAAUGGGCUGGCAAAUCUCUUACUUGACUUCUGUCCACCAUACUUCACCGGUUUGUGAAUAUUUGAGACUGAAUGGGAUCAUGAGAGUUGCACGUCAUUGCCUUUGUAUGUCAAAUGCCUGCUGAAACUUGCACAAUUAGCCACACUUCCAGUUCCAUGAAACUAGUGGAUAUUGAGGCGCACAUUAUUCGACAACAAUUUCAUCAAUCUCAUAUUUCUGGCUCAUCUAAUCUUUGCGAUAGACUUAUUUCUGCAGGUGUAUUGAUGAAUAAUGUGGGUAGUGCUCUUUCCACCCUUCUGUGACUAGUCUCUUCUGCUUAAUAUUAGGUUGUACAGUUCUAAUUGUGUAGUUAUACUUGAAGC